AUGCAGUCGAUGAAUCAAAUGCUAUUGGGACAGCAAGCGCCUUCGACGCAGCAAAUGCAAACUCUUAUAACCCUUUUUGAAGAAAUCUCCAAGAUCAUAGCUCCGGAGGACUACAAAAAAUUUGUAGAUGGAGAUAACGAGUUCAUUUUGAAUAAAUAUCCAAGAGUGGCACAAUUGUUACUUGAAAACGACAUGUUUUUCGUAAUAUUCAAGGGUUUACUCGAAAUUGAGAAAAAUAAACCUGAGGACGAAAGAAAAGAGUUUUGGAAGGUGAUGGAUCCUCUGUGUCAUGGCUUCAUGAAAGCUCCCGCCUACAUAAACGGAAACAAGGAACACAAUGGAUACAAGAUUUGUUGUGAAAUGGCCGACUAUUGCUCGUUUUACAAACAGACGUGGUUCUUCAUUGUUUGCGGAGCCGUUGGGUUCCUUCUUCUCAUCGUCAUCGCCGGUGUUAUUUUCUUCAUAAUUCGCCGCAAAAACAAGAAGAACGGUGGAGGUAACCCAAAGAAAGUUGGUGGAAGCAAGCCAUAA